AUGAUAGAGGAUGCUAUUCAUAAUUGUAGUUUGUGUCAAUCAAGUGAUAAGGUUUCACAUACUCGUAAUACUCCCUUACAGAGUGUUCCUCUUCCUGAUGGACCUUGGAAGAAAAUAGGUAUUGACAUAACAGGUCCAUUCAAUACUACAAAACCUUCAUACAAAUAUGCCAUUGUAGCCAUAGAUUAUUACUCCAAAUGGCCAGAGGUUGCUUUUGUUUCUGAAGCGACUACACAUUCGGUCAUUACAUUCCUUACACAAGUGUUCGCUAGGGAAGGUAUUCCUUCUGAAGUUGUUACUGACAAUGGUGUUCAAUUUGUAUCUAGUGAAUUUGAAGAUUUCCUAAAGAAGCUAGGUAUUUCACAUUCCAAAGCAUCAUUGUACUACCCGCGUUCAAAUGGUGAAGUUGAACGUUGGAAUAGGGUGUUGAAGCAAACACUUCAAAUUGCAACAAUGCAAGGUAAACCAUGGAAGGAAGCAGUCCUUGAAUUGCUUAUGGCAUACCGCGCUACCCCUCAUCAGACCACUGGUACAACUCCAGCAGAGUUGUUACAUGGUCGACCAAUGGUCACGUCAUUACAUGUUCAUGAUGCUAAUGAUGGCAAUAGGCGUGCCGGGGAAGAUACUGAAAUGCGAAGCCAUGUUGGUGCAAAGCAAAAGAAAGCAUGCGAGUACGCUGACAAAACUAGGGGUGCUUCCAUUCCAAAGUUUAGCAUUGGUGAUAAGGUUAGAGUGAAAAGAGUCAAGAAAAAGGACAAUUCAUGGUUUGAGGCACCACAAAAAAUUGUAGCCAAAAAGGGUUUGUACACAUUUGUCUUGGAAGACGGACGUAUUUGGAAUGCCUCAAAACUGACUUUGUUCAGGGAUAGUAGUCAUGUUGAUCAGAGAAAAUCAUACACAGUUAGUGAACAGACUGGAAGUCAUAAUGAAAGACCUAAACGUGACAAAAGAGUACCAGUCUGGACAUAUGAUUAUGUUUCUCAUUGA